AUGAACAUUGACGUUAUGAGCGGCGGCCGCUCGGUGUCACCGACCAGUUCUGGCCGUUCCUCGCCAGUCCCGCGCGCAACGCGCCGAGCGGUCGAGGACGAGAUAUACAAGGCGGACAAGGGCCUCCGAAGAUAUGGAGUGCUUGUCGAGCGGGCUGUAUCCUCCUGGGAGACGGCCCCCCGGGAAUGGGCCGACUACAUUGCCUUCCUUGGUAGACUGCUCAAGGCUAUUCAGAGCCAUCCUAAAGACAUACCUGUUCUGCCGCAUACCCCUGCGGUAGCGUCAAAGCUUGCUCAAUGUUUGAAUCCUGCUCUACCGUCUGGUGUCCAUCAAAAGGCCCUGGAGGUAUAUACGUAUAUCUUCUCCACGUUCAGUCUCGCUUACCUGUCCGAUCACCUCAGUGACUACUUCCCCGGUCUGGCUCCUGUCUUAAGCUUUGCGUCGCUUACGGUCCGACCGGUGGUGUACUCGCUGUACGAGAAUUACAUUGCGCGACUGUCAAACGCAGUGUUACGCCCAGCGCUGAAGGCGCUCAUUCUCAGCCUUCUCCCACCUCUGGAAGACGAAACCGCUGAAGAUUUCGAGCGAGCGGUUAGCAUUCUUGAUAGCCUCAAGGACAAAUUCAGCAAAGCCGACGACGAUGGAGCACUAGCGGGCUUUUAUUGGCAGAGCGUCUUCCUAUGUGUCAUAACGAGCGUAUCGCGAAGACAAGGAGCACUCAACUAUCUCGUCCGGCGAUUGCCGAGUUUCGCUCCUAGGCAUAUGAAUCUUACUACUGAUGACGAUAGUAUCUUCACCGCGGACGGCAAUGUGAGCGUACUUUCCGCAGAGGCACAGGCCGCAGUUUCUCCGGAACCAGGCUUGCUCCUCCGAUGCUUUGCGAGCGGCUUAGCUGACUCAAAUCCGCUUGUCCAGCGAGGCUACCUUGACCUGCUGGUGGCUAAGUUACCGCUGCAUUCUGUGGUCAUACGACAACUGGCGGAGCUCAAGGAUUCUGACCGCUUGACAGCUGCUGCAACUUACAUCUUGCUGCGCAGGGAUAUGAGCCUCAACCGUCGCUUGUGGUCCUGGUUUCUGGGUCCGGCUGCUAAGGUGAGCGACGUGGCAUCACCAGGUACAGCCUCAAACGAUACCCCGGUAGCGGCGGAUGACCCCACCAGCCAGCAGAUUAAGUAUUUUGAACAGUACGCUCGGUCCCUACUCGAGCGUUGUGUUCUUGGACUGCUUCAGUCCGCUGACGUGUCAGCGGCUCAGAAAGCUCGGCCUUUUCGGAUCUGUGUCUCGCUUAUGGAUCGUUGGGAGAUUGGUGGCACGCUCCUACCAAGCAUCUUCCCAACUGCAAUGAACGCACUCUACGCCUAUGGCAAGGUAUCAUCAGCAUCCGACGUUGAAGAGGUGCUUCGAAGCGCCAGUAUUUUCUUCGAUGGCAUUGAAGCGAACUUGGUUUGGCAGAGUUUUUGUGCGCUGAUACAGAGCGCUUUCCAGACAAGCACCAUUGAUCCCGAACCCUUGAUGCUGGUUGUAUGGGUGCUCGAGCACUUCAACGUCAACGACGAGGAGAUGAUUAAUGUACACGGCCCCAUGGCGCUCGCCCUCCUCACGAGCUUGCUCAGUCAAUCCUUGGACGCCCCUAGCGGCAGUGGCGAUGGUGGACUCGCUGCACUUCGCCUUGCAACUCACCUAGCCGAGUUGGGCUCGCAAACCGCUCUACGGGCGUCACCAGCGCCAACAGGUGAAGAAUCGUUGACGCAUCGGGAACCGGAGGAUUUGCAAGAAAGCGUGGGCAAAUACUAUGAGCGCGCAGUGCGCAGCGCGUGGAGAGUACCCGCACCAAUCGAUAACGCAACACUAGCUGCUGUCACACUCCGGUUCAUUGCCUCCUUCACUGCUCGGGUUCUACGGCACAAUGAAGAGCAGAUAAUACAUGCCUCAGUCACGUUGCUGAUGAUUGAGCAGGGUAGGACGCAUAGUGUAGACGGAGCAGUAUUUGACGAGCUGUUUCAGGUUGUGGAGAACAGGCUUGCAAGUUCUGGAGAGGAAGCUGGCGACACCGUUGCGUUUCCGAUACUCAGCUCAAUCACGUCGGUUCUCCUAAGUCCCGUCUCCCGUCUCCCGGAGAAUAUCACAAUCACCACACGGUCGAUUCGCUCCCUAAUUGCGAAGCUCUGGUCUCACCUAUCGCAUUCGAAACCAAAAUACCAUGUGGAAGCCGUGCGUCACCUUUGGCGAAUCAACGAUACCGUGGCCUCAGAGGACAUCCUCAACGUCGCGUUGCUUGAGCUCUUGCAGCUCGAUUUCCCACCCGCUGGCUUCAACUUCGGAAAUCCUUCCGCAUCCAAGACGGAAGCUGUCAGGCGCUUUACAGUGUUAUGGGAUCACAGCAUACCCUCUCAAGCCACAGCGCAUGCUACUGGUGUAACCCGGCGUGGAAGCUCGCUAUGGAACGUGCCAGAUGCAACGCAGCUUAUCCAACGCUUGCGAAGCCUACGUGAACCGAUGCUGCGCAUCCUUGAUACUGUUCACGAUGUUGGCUACCCAGCCUUCGGCGUAACUACCAGAUGGUUGGGCCAGCUGCCCAGCUUAGCCAGGGUAUUCGCGAUCCUGUUUCAGCAGCUUCACGACUCGUUUGGGCUCUACCUCGAACACAAUGCUCGCGAAUCAAGGCACGAUCGUACUGGCGAAGAUACCGAACGAAGCCUUGCAUACGCCCUCACCCUUUUCACCGACCUCUUAAGUCAUGGAAGCGAAUGGACGUGGGACUGCUUGACGAGUAAUCACACUGACAGCUCAGAACAAGCGGCAAACGGCGUGAGCGAGCUCGUUCACGUAUGUGUCAAGCUGCUAGCUCGUAAACCACAGCCGUCCAAGCAACUUGAUUUGAAAGCAAUCGCUUUGCUUAAGAGUAUCAUGACGAGUUCGGCUGCGUCGAAAGAAAAUACCUUAGAGAUUGAUGGGGCGCUCAUUGACCGCAUGAUGCUCUGUCUUCGCGAGGAAGAUGACAUCCUGCAGGGUGCCAUUUUACCGCUUAUUACCGCAGCGCUGCGCCUUCGCUUUGGCACCGAGACUGUCGCUUCGCAAGGCGAAGACAGCCACAGACGCUCUCUAAGUACGCAACAGGCCUCCAUAAGCGCUGCGAAGACCGAGCGUCCAAAUGGCAUACACGCUCCCAACAUAGCACCUCCGGCUCAACUAUUGCAGUGCUUGCAAAUGGCCUUUUCGUCCAGCGCGGCACGUUUGCGCCUCAAUGAGUGGGUGGAGUUUCUUGCGACUGUCUUGCCAUUAUACGGAGAUGCAAUUUUCGCAAGUCUUAUCCCCCUGGUGGAGACUCUAUGUCGCGAGUUGAGCAAGGCAUUCGAAGAGCUUGUCGUCUUAAGCCGGCAACACAUCCCACCGUCGACUGUCUCCCCAGAUGUUACGAUCAUCGGCCUGUUAGAAGGCUUGGAUCUUACUCUUGCUCGGGCGCACAGAUGUUUGGUCACUGAUGACAUGUCUGACGAAGCUCCUCGGAUGGGCGCCCCGACUCAGAGUUUCCUUGGGGGCGUCGCUGCAGGGGUAUUCAAAGCAACUGGUCCGCCAAGUAAGACGACACAAGCCAAUAGCCGUCUGACUGUCAUCCUCGCUCUGCAAGACGCUGCUAAAAUAAACCUCACGAUGUGGGCAUGGUGCAAUGAUGGCUCAGUAGUCGCGAAUUAUGACCGCAACAGUGCCGCGACUGCGCAUUACUGGACUCAGCGCGUUCGUAACAAGUGCCGGUUCCUCCUGGAACAGAUGUUUUCCGCUGAACUUCUGGAAAGUGUGGAGGUAGUUAUCAAGCAAUGGCGGACCGCUAGCCGAGACGAGGAGGCAGCCGCCGCAAUCACGCUGCUUCAGGCCCUGCAGGCCUCUACGCCACGAUAUGUUCUGCCUGCCAUCUUGGAUUCUAUCUGUAGCCGCGCAAAUCCUUCGGCACUACCUGCAUCCCGCCUUUCGACACAAACAAUAGAUCUUGCGGGAAGCGACAUAGCAGUCUUCCUCCUUGCCUAUGUAGACGCUAUCGAAGAUGAUGCGAUGGACGAAGUGUGGCCGGAAUGCUUGGCGUUCUUACGAGAUGUCCUCGCUAAUCCCCUUCCAUACCGUCAGGUGAUGGCACCCCUUCUAGCUCUCAUCCACAUGCUUGCACGCAAGGUCGGUAACACUAACUUCGGCGACCAGCGAAAGAUGCGAAGGGAGCUCGCAGACAACUUCCAAAGGCUUCUAGCUGCAACGUUCACAACAACGCCGUCUGGAAAUGUAUUGAAGGAGGCUCAAGCCGAUGUGGAGCAAGAGGCUCAAGAGGUCACGACUGUGCCGAUUCGACACCAGAGCAUGACACUAACUGCGGUUUUAAGGAGGGUUGUACCUGACCUCAGUACUAUCCUGGAGUACCCGGAUAAGAUAUCGGCUGCCUUCAAUGCUAUUACAACUAACUUGCUGUCGCCGCCAAUACACGCCAAAGGCUUCCCAACAAACAUGUCAGCAGAAUACUGCAAACUACUGCUCCAAGUGGCAAGGGAAUUGCCCACUUCUAAGGCCUGGAAGAAGGAUGUAACGGACGCUUUCAACGACCCCAAACUCCUAGCUUCGGGUGUUCGGCAGAUGCAAGACGCAUGGCUACCGAUACUGCAUCAGUGGACGGUCCGGGAUCACGAUCAGAUGUCCGAGUUGCUGGCGCGUUUGACGCCCCCUUCGAGCGCAGGGAUCAUGUUUGGUGUCGGGGCGAACGCUGCCAGGCUUGAAGCUGACCGUAAGACUCAACUCAACCUCAGACGGAUGUGUUUGCUCUUGUUAGCAUCACCCGUCAACACGUGGGUGGCUUACCUGCAUGAUUUUGAUGAAAAGCUUGUCGCGCUUUUCACAGCAUCACCCACGUCGUCGCCUUCAUCUGCCGCGAAAGCGGACCUAUUCCUCCUCUGUGAAGCGCUCAUUCUUGCCUUCACCCCAAUCCAUCUGUCACCCUUAUGGCCCACAAUCAACGAAAAUCUCCAGCAUGCUCUUACCGACAUUGUUGGGGGCCACCCUACAAAACCUGCACUGAACAACUUAGGUCUGCUGCAAGCCUGCAAGUUCCUCGACAUGCUUAUCGCGCUAUCACCUGAAGAAUUCCAAUUACAUGAGUGGCUAUACAUUUCCGACACGAUCGAUGCGGUCUAUCAGCCCAUAGAUCGGAUCUCCUCCGCCCUGGUCGAAGAGAUCGCUGAUGCGCUUGCUAAGGAAGACUCCGGACAAAGCCAAGUGCCAUCGUCGGAGUUGGCGAACAACACUUCAAAGACCAUACCAGGUCGCUUAUUGCUGGCGAACUUCAGCCUGGAGACUGCGGACUUGAAGGCAAUGCCGAAAGACGACUUUGCAAUAACCGUUCUCCGACCUUUCCUGAAUCAACUGAGCAUGUACGCAUACGAUGGUGUCUAUGCUAUGGAGACCGUCAACAGCGAAGCGUGCAGGCACAGUUUGCUGAAAGACCUUCUCGACCUUUCUACAAUUGUCGAGUGA